CAUCAGCUGUCAAAUUUCAUGAGACAUUGUUCUACGGAUUUUAUCUAUUUAAUCGGUUUUUACAGACAUUUGUACACAUAUAUAAGAGUACUUAUAUGUACAUAUAUUAAUACACUUACAUGUAGCAUAUAUUUAUGCUAUUACCAUAUUUAAAUUUUUUACACUUGAUAGCAGUAUUGUCACACUGAUGACUAGUUAAUUUUUAACCCUAAAAAUUACCAUUAUUUAUUACGUUUUUGUAUAUAUAUAUAUAUAUAUAUAUAUGCACGGCAAAAUAUCUUAAGCAACAUAAGCAACGCAUUGACCCAAUAAAAUUGUUUAUUAACAAUAAUGUCGCUUAAUAAAGUUAUUUGUAGUUAUUGAUAUAAAAGUGAUAAAAGUUUGAGAGAAUUUGGAAUGUAGUCAUGGCUGCUGGAGGCGGCGGAAGUUUUAUAAGCAAACCUGCACGAGGAUGGCUACACCCUGAUCACUUAGUCAGCAAAGAAGGAAUUACUUAUGCUGUCAAAUACAUUGGAUGUCUGGAAGUUUAUACGUCUAUGAAAAGCCUGGAUUUUGAGACUAGAUCAUGUGUUGCCAAAAAAUGUAUAAACCGAGUUUGUGAAGCAGCGGGUUUGAAAACUGCUGAUAAAAAACGUAGAGUUUCUCGCAGAGUACUAAAUGCGAUUGCCGAUAAACCAUGCAUGGAACAUGCGGGGGAUAAUAUAAAUUUAACCAUAAGCAGUACCAGCUUAACGCUGACGAGCUUGGAUACUGGUCAAGUGAUUGCCAAGCAUGCGAUGCCUCGGAUUUCAUUUGCCUCAGGAGGUGACACUGAAAUUCUAGACUUUGUCGCUUACGUCGCGAAGGAUGUCCAGGAAUGGCGAGCUUGCUAUGUACUUGAAUGCGGUGGAGGACUGGCUCAGGAUGUUAUUUCGACCAUUGGUCAGGCAUUCGAGCUGAGAUUCAAAGAAUUUCUGACCAAGCCGUCGAGUUUGCACCCUGAAUUGAAUGGUAUUCGAGAGCCAGAUCGUGAUUAUUAUAAUGAUCUUCCUGGUAAAGUCCCGCCGGAUAUAGGACCACCUCCGGUACCGCCACUUCCUAUUACGGCUUCAACGCUUCCUAAUUUGAAGCAUCAUUCAAGUUCAAAUUCAAUGAGCUCAAAUAAUGCACAGUGUGCGUCUUCGUCAGAUUCCUAUUCUAAUGGAAGAGGAAGAAAUUCUUCUGUUCAAUGGCCUGAAUCCGGAAAUCUUAUUGAUUUAAAUUCCGAUGGUGCAACUGUGAUGCCUUUAACUCCACCUGAGCAUAAUUAUGUUAAUGAUACAGUAAUUGCUGCUAAUAGAGACACUAGAAAAGAACCAUCCUUAUUUGAUGCCUUCGAUAUGCAGCCAUUUAGUACAGCUAUAUCUGAAAUGAAUAAGCUGAGCCCCAGGUCACAAAAACAACAAUUAAGACAAGAGGUCUGGUAUCACGGGAGUGUUAGUAGGUCUGAGGCUGAGUCAAUGCUGACUAAAGACGGCGAUUUCCUUGUACGAGAGUCCCAAGGUUCUCCUGGACAAUAUGUUCUCACGGGUAUGAACAAUGGAACGCCUAAGCAUUUGCUUCUAAUUGAUCCAGAGGGAGUGGUCCGAACCAAGGAUCGUAUAUUCGACAGCGUUAGUCAUUUAGUUAAUCAUCAUUGUGACAAUGCCCUGCCAAUUAUUUCGGCAGACAGCGCAUUGGUACUGCGAUAUCCAGUACCUCGGCGUACGGAGUUUUGAUUUUAAGCUCUGAUUAAAUAAAUUUAAUAAAUUCACCAGGAAGAUAAUAAAUUAUAAUAACUUAUUUAAAUUAAAACUUGGAAAAAACAAAUUUUUGAAUGGACGUUGAAGCUUCAGGUGAUUAAAAAGUCUCUAAACCUGAUGUGAACUUUGAUCAUUGAGCUUCCGUGAAGAGACACAGACUGCAGUUAAGGCUUUGUAAAAUAGUGCCACAUUCAACGCAUUUUUAUUAAAAUUUUUAGAUGUAUUUGUUUUUAAAAUAUU